AUGGGGACGUAUGACGUUGUCGUGGCAUGUUUACCCAGAGCCGAGUACGGAAUAGCCCCAGCUGCAUCUGUAGCCAGAGACAUGUUACGAACCUUUCCCAAUAUUCGAGUUGGGCUUAUGUCAGCGUCCCUUCAGGAGAUAAAGGGGGGGGUCCUUCAUCACGCCCGCGGCAAGGCAGUGCAGCACCAAGAGUUCCAGUUGACCGAAUCAUUGAAUCAGCCGCCCCAGCUUCUGAGGACAGCUGUGGAUUUACUAGAAGCGGAUUAUAGAGAAAAAGGCCUUGAACUGAACAAAAGAAUCGAAGAAGCGCUCAAUAAACGCCAUCGCCUCAAGAAAUGGUAUACUCGUCCCUCAGCAGCGAAAGACAGACUCUAUGAAUCAAGUCACAUUCAUCGAGAAUCCCCAGUGUCUGCAGCAUGUAAAGACAACUGUGGCGAAGAAAGGCUCAUCACCUGGGAGACCCGAGGCGAAACGGGCGAUGAACCGAUGAUCCAUUGUGGUCUGAUUGCCAGCUCUGACAAGCUCAUGAGGGACGCAAUCAUCCGGGAUAAGCUAGCCAAGGAGGAGGGCGUGUUGUGCUUUGAGAUGGAAGCAGCUGGUUUGAUGAAUCACUUCCCCUGUCUAAUUAUCCGUGGGAUCUGCGACUAUUCCGACACACACAAGAACGAUGAGUGGCAGGAUUUUGCAGCCAUGACCGCUGCAGCGUAUGCGAAGGAGUUGCUUCAGAAGAUUUCACCAACCAACAUACAACAUCAGAAGCCUCUUGUUAAAGUUCUUGACAGUAGUGAACGAGAAUUUGAGACAAGAAAAUAUAGAAUCUCUAAGUAG